AAAAAAUUAAGAAUAUUAAAAAAAUUAAUGAAAAGUGAGAAAUAAUAAAAAAACAAGAAAUUUGGAUGAAAAAUAUGGUUAAAGCUGACUAUCCAAGAUUAAAUAUGAACAUGAUGAAUUUAAAUAGUGAAACAAUGUUUGCCUUAACGGCUCGCACUCCACUCAAAUCAAGUUUCUCAAUUAGUUCCAUUUUACCGGAGACAAUGAAGACAUCUCCAUCACAAUCACCAUCACCAUGUCAUACACCACUCGGAUCAGAACCUGAAGAUCUUACAGAUACAGAAUCAGAUUUAGAUGUGACAGGAACUCCACCACCACAAGAGAAUGAUUUCUGUGGAAAUAAUACAAAUGAUAGCAUUGAGACAUGUAGCAAUAAGGAUAAAUCAUUAGAAGACUGUGAAACUAGUAGCACCAAUGAAGGAGAAAAAAAAGACAGCGGCAAGAAAUCAAAUGAGAAGCCAAGCUAUUCAUAUAAUGCACUCAUUAUGCUCGCUAUCCGACAAAGUCCUGAAAAAAGACUGACUCUCAAUGGAAUUUACGAAUAUAUUAUGACGAAUUUUCCUUAUUAUCGAAAUAAUAAACAAGGCUGGCAAAAUUCAAUCCGUCACAAUUUGAGUCUGAAUAAAUGCUUUGUAAAAGUACCGAGACAUUAUGAUGAUCCAGGCAAAGGAAAUUAUUGGAUGUUGGAUCCAUCAUCUGAAGAUGUAUUUAUUGGUGGAUCAACAGGCAAAUUAAGACGUCGUUCAACAGCUGCAUCAAGAUCACGAUUAGCAGCAUUUAAACGAUCACUUGUUGGUCCAAUGUUCCCAUCAUUAGGAUACUCACCAUUUUUAUAUCCAUCACCAGCAGCUGCACUCGCUCAAAUGUAUAGAUAUAGUCCAUAUGCACCACAAAUGGCACCAAAACCUACUUCCUUACCUCUUGGCUUACCACUUGCUUCCGGCUUUGGAAUGGAACGAUUCCUUGGAGCAUCAACAAACUCACCAAAUCCAUCUGCUGAACUUUACCAAAGAUUGCAAUAUCAACAAAUUCUUCAACAUCAUGCAGCUGCCGUUCAACAACAGCAACAACAAGUUGCAGCACAUUUACAUCAUCAACAACAGCAGCAUCAGCAACAACAACAACAACAGAGACUUAGUCCACAUCAUGAAACUUCAUCACCUCACCAUUCGCCUUCAUCUCAACAUUCACCAAUCACGCCGACGGUAUUUAAGCCAAUAACCGUUGUUUCACGACACAGUUAGUGUAAGCAGAGGAAAAUUCUAUUAUUGUGCUUAUUUAUGAACAAUGUGAGGCUCUAUUUAAUACUCCAGUGACAUGUUGGGCGUAAACGUUCGAUAAUGGAAGAGAAAAUAUGUUUGUUAAAAUUUUGUGAUAAUUUGUCUUUGGUGCAACAUUAAUUUAAAAUUCAUUUUCUAAAUGAAUCGACCUUCUGUAUAUGUAGAUAACCUAAAUGUAUAGUUAAUGAAUGAAAGUUCUUAGAAUGUUAUAAUUUUUAUUCAAAAAGC